GCCAAAAUUUUAGCUCCACCUCCUAUGAUUCUGUUAUGUAACAGAGUUCAUGGUAGCAAAGCAAGUCCAAUUGAAGCACAUAUUUCUCGCAGAGAGCAAGAAUGUCCCAGGGCUUUGCUUGACAGUCGACUGGAGGCUCAGUGGAUUCCAAAUUUGGUCAUUUUCCACCAGCAUAACCAAAACAUUACGAUGAGGUAUCUUUAAACAACACUGAAACAACGCAGCCUCUGCCAAGGACCGCAUUAAAAACACUCGUGGGACCUCUGCUUAUUUAUCAUAAGAGAAGCAGGAACCCAAGCGCCCCUUUUUUUCUUCUCUGACACAAUGGCUAAAGGAAGUGCUUUCAUGAGGAGACUAUGCAUCGUCCUGAACCUUCUGCUCGGGUUCCUCGGGCUGGUUUUGCUUCUGGUCGGGAUCGUGGCAAGCACUUUCAAGAUCGAACCACUGAUUAGUGGUUAUUACUGGCAAGAUGGGACUCAGAGUGUGCUCUUCAGCAUUGGGUUUGGAUUGGCUACCAUCCUGAUCUCCAUCCUGGGAGUGUAUGGAGCAUACCACGAGCAUAUCUUGGCUCUGCUUUUGUACAGUAUUUUCAUGAUUAUCGAAUUCGUCGCUCUCCUGGCGCUGACGAUCAUAGCUAUAAUAGCUCAGCCGCAGGUGGAGAAGAGAAUUGAAGAAAGUUUUGGAAACAUGACCUCGCUUUAUAAUACAGACGAGGUUUUCCAUCGGGAGCUUAACAAACUACAACAGGAGGCCGAAUGCUGUGGUCUGCUCUAUUACACUGACUGGAGAAAUCAUAUACCUUCUUCAUGCGACUGUCCUCCAGACUACCCGGAAAAAGAUGCCAGAUGCACGAAAGUCAGCGGCAACGUACAAAACUAUAGAAGCAGUGAGGUGAAAAAAAAAACUGGCGCUGAAGCGGUGACCGAUCAGAGUCCGAUGCGCUACGUUUAUAAGGCGCAUUGUGGCCAGUUCUUAAUAAAGCAUGUAAAGAACGCCUUGAGGAUCCUGUUUGGAAUCGUCUUUACCUUGGCUACUAUUAUGCUGGCUGCCGUAAUCGUUGCCGUGCUCCUGUGGCAUAAAAUCAACUCGCGGUUGUCCAUCACGGGCAUCUCACACGACGACGACAGGACGAAGUACGAACUCCAACCGCACAAAAUGGCCUGAGGAGAAAUCUCAGGAGGAUCUGAGGAGAAAUCUGAGGAGAAAUCUGAAGAGGAUCUAAGGAGAAAUCUGAGGAGAAUCUGAGGAGAAAUCUGAGGAGAAUCUGAGGAGAAAUCUGAGGAGAAAUCUGAGGAGGAUCUGAGGAGAAAUCUGUAUAACCUCAAGGAGACAUCUUUCUCCAUAUAUAUGUUUCCAGUAACAAAUCAUUUAUCUGCAGGUUAAUUCAAGAAAACUCAUCUUCCAUUCACUAUAUCCCUCAAAUUUUUAUAGCAGUUGAAAUGUGUAUAUCCUUGACCUAAUAUGUCUUUUUAUAUCUUUAUAUGCUGGAAAUAACAGGUGAACAUGCUAAUCAGAAAGGAUUCAGAGAUUUAAGACUAAUUUCAAAACAUUAAGCCAUUCCCGUGUUUGAGAUGUGUUAGUGAGUGGACACUGGUGCUUUGGGGUGGAGACGUUUGUCGUAGUUUGUUAGCGCAAAAAUCUUGAACAAAACUGCCUUACCAUUAGCACCGAAAAACAAAACUAAAGCUUUUUAUUGCACUGAACAAAAGUUUCUGAACAAAACUUACCAGCUUGGCUUGGCUACAAAGCAGAGUUUUUUUGUUUUGUUUUGAUGAACGAUGGCUGUAUUAGCGUAAAAACGUACCCGAGAUUGAAAUUGAAUCCAGAUUAUUGAGCGAUCCAGACUGACUGCAGGACUAAAGCGCUGCUGCACUGCUUUCACUAUUAGUAAACAGUCAAAUUGCACAAAUUGUCCAUUUGUUUAAAGAUAUAUAGAAAUAUAUAGUGUAUCCACCUGUUUCCUUUUUUUAAAAAUCGUUUUUACCUUUAUGGCUUUUUUGAGUUUUUCAAAAAUUUGACGUAAAACAGAAGUUUGCGAAUUUGUUUUUCGCAUUUUUCAUUUUCAGAUGUUUCGGGGUGGAGGAGGGAAUUUUGGGAUUGAAAAUGAAAGUAGACGUGGACCGUUAACUAAAUAUUAGUAAAAGAUGAACACAAGUGAACACAACAUGCAGUUGUUAAAUUAAGGUUUUUAUUAUUGAGGGAAAA